UUACUGUCUAUGGGUGUUACACGAUUACAGUUUCGGCAUAAGUUCAAAUUUUCAUGUUCAGUUAUGGAAGGCAGACACAGUCGGGGACGCGGUGGGCACUGGAAAAGAGGAGGUGGAGGAGAUGCUGAAACCGGCAGUUCGGGAGAGCACCGGGGUCGCGGAAGAGGGGGACACCCCCACCGUGGAAGAGGAAAACGGGAUCAUCAUCGAGGAAGAGGACGAGAGUUUGGACCUCCUGCAGAUUUUCGACGAAAUCAAGAUGACAAUGACAAUAAAGAAAACUUUGAGAAAGAGGAGGAGGACAACACCUUCUCUAGGCGAAAGCUUAAGUCCAACUGGGACCGUUAUGAGGAAUCAGAGAAAGAAGAAAUGAAUGAAGAUGUUCCUGCACAGAGAGGCACAGAUUAUCAUGUCCUCCUCACUUCAGCUGGGGACUCGUUUACACAGUUCAGGUUCUCUGAUGAGAAGGACUGGGAGAUGGACUCACUAGCAAAAAAUCAGAUUCCAGCUCUGUGUAUAGACCUGCCAGCUUUAACUCAGUCACUUCAAGAGCUUCCACUGCACACAAGACUGAACCUGGAGGCUGAGCUUGUGCAGGUGACGACUCCCGUUGAACUUCCAUCCGUGACAGUGCCUCACAGAACCGACUUGACCCUAACAGCUAGAUUGAAAGCUCCUCAGACAGAUGUAAAGCCUGUUCCAGGUACCACACCGUCUCGCAGUGUCUCCACAGCUGUCCCUCCUGCCACAGAUGAUGCUGACCAGGAGCUCGACCUUCUCCUCGAUUUGCAGAAACCCAUCACAGAAAUGACUUCAGUCGAAUCCCACGCUACAACAGAUGAUGUGCUAAACAGCCCAACACAAGGUUCAGGAGAAGAAGAGAGAAAAGAUCAAAUGGUUGAUAUGAAAGAAACGAAGCCAGAAGUGGCAAGUGAAGCUAAACCUACGAGGCAGGAAGUGACAGAGGAGGAUCUGGAGGACUGGCUGGACAGCAUGAUCUCCUGAUCCUGCUGUGGAUUAAAUCAGCAAAUGCAGCUUUGUUAAAGCUGACAUAGCGUUACUUCUGUGUGGACGUGAUCAUCAUACCGCGACACUUCAUUAAGACUUCUAAUAUCCAAGACUAAUUCAGUCAUGUGGAAUAUAAAAUGCUUCAUCAAAGUAUUACUCAUAAAAGUGAUGUAAUGCUGUGUAACACUUUUCAGACCCGUCAUAGUCGCUCUCAUCACUUGACUCUGAUUAAAAGCAGCUAGGACCAGCUUGGAUUUAUUGCAUUAGCUACUUUAUUUUCAUUCCCCCUGCUCAAAACAAAUGCAAAUCACCAAAGCUACUACAUACAUACAAUAGCAGUUUAGUGUAUUGACUAGUGUUUUUGUCCUCAAAUGUAGAUUCCCAUUAUUUUGCAAUCGUACUUCAUUAAUUAUGUGGCAGACACGAUUUCAGUUAUUUAACCU